CCUUGAUCUGCUGCGCUAUCCGCUGUAAUAACCAAGCCAAACACACCAACGCACGGUCCCGGGGGGCUAAUUGGUUAGUCUCCUCUAAAUGUUGGCCGAGCUUCAGUGGGAUCCAGUCUUUUUUUUUAUACUAGGUCGAAGCCUCACAGACACGCAGCCACCCUCUCAGCCUUGCAUCCAACCUUUCGUGAUCUAACCUUGGCAGAGCUUUGCGUCACAGCAGCACAACCCAACACCUCGAGAUGAACCAAAUACGCGCAAUUCAGGCGCUCAACAAGAAGGAGAUUGAAAACGGAAUCUCCCCCGAAGCUUCCUGGCAUACCGACUACCGCGACACAGCAUACAUCUACUUUGGUGGCCUUCCCUACGAGCUCUCCGAAGGCGAUGUCGUCACCAUAUUCUCCCAGUUCGGCGAACCCACCUUCCUCAAACUCGUCCGCGACAAGGAGACCGGAAAGUCCAAGGGCUUCGGAUGGCUGAAGUAUGAGGACCAGCGGAGCACCGACUUGGCCGUCGACAACAUCGGAGGCGCAGAGAUCAGCGGGCGAUUAAUUCGCGUCGACCAUGCGCGGUACACAGCGCGCGACGAUGAGGAUCCCGACGAAUUCAAGGUCGGCUGGGAGGACAUGUUGAAGAGAGAGGGCAAGGCCGUCUCCGAGGACGAGAGCAGCGACGAAGAGGAGGCCCGGCCCAUGCUGCAAGAGGAGCGGGAGCUUGCGUUGCUCAUACGAGAUCACGACGACGACGAUCCGAUGAAGGGCUUCCUAAUCGAGGAGAAGAAGAAGGAGAUUGAAGAGGCGCGCCAAAAAGCAGACAAGAAAGACCAAAAGCACAAACACAGACACCGCCACCGGUCGCACCGAUCAACAAGAGACGGGGGCGAAGAGGAUCGACAUCGAAGAUCUCGAAGAGAUGAACCUACAGUCGACCGGGAGGACCGACGCAGGGACAAGGACUCAAGGAGACUCCGGGAGCGCCCUGACGAUGAGAGAGGAGGGGACCGCCGACGGGACGGUGACAGACGGAAGGAGAGAAGAGAUGGCGACGAACCCAGGAACCGGGAUCGGGAUCGGGAUCAGGAACGACGGGGAGAUCGUGAACGAGACCAUCGAAGACAGGGCCGGGAUGGUGGAGACGACUCAAAGCACAGGAGGCACAGGGACGAUGAGCGCCCUGACAAGAAGUCAAGAAGACAGAGUAGAAGUCGGUCGCCACGACGGCACAAGGACUAGAGACAAGCCCAUAAUCUAGUAAAAUACACCAAAAACACAGAUAAAUCCAAA